AUGACUAAAGGGGGAAUGGAGUCAGUCGAAGUGUUCACGUCUGAAGGCAAAGGCAGGGGCUUGAAAGCGCAGAAGGAAUUCCUGCCCGGGGAUGUCAUCUUUGCGGAGCCAGCCUACGCUGCCGUGGUUUUUGAUAGCCUGACACACAUCAUCUGCCACACCUGCUUCAAACGCCAGGAGAGGCUCCACCGCUGCGGCCAGUGCAAGUUCGCCUACUACUGCGACCGGACCUGCCAGAGGGCCGCCUGGCUGAACCACAAAAAUGAGUGCUCCGCCAUCAAGAGGCACGGCAAGGCACCCACCGAAAACAUCAGGCUGGCGGCUCGCAUCAUGUGGAAGAUGGAGAGGGAAGGCAGCGGGCUGUCGGAGGGCUGCCUGGUCUCCAUCGAUGACCUGCAGAACCACGUGGAAAACUUCGGCGAGGAGGAGAAGAAAGACCUCCAUGUCGACGUGGAGAGCUUCCUGGAGUUUUGGCCGCCCCAGAGCCAGCAGUUCGGCAUGCAGUACAUCUCCCACAUAUUCGGAGUGAUCAACUGCAACGCCUUCACCCUCAGCGACCAAAGAGGACUGCAAGCUGUUGGUGUGGGAAUCUUCCCCAACCUCUGCCAAGCCAACCACGACUGCUGGCCCAACUGUACCGUCAUCUUCAACAAUGGCAAUCAUGAGGCUGUAAGAUCGAUGUUCCACACACAGAUGAGGAUCGAGCUGCGGGCACUGAGCAAGAUCUCCCCGGGGGAUGAGCUGACCGUGUCCUACGUGGAUUUCCUCAACGUGAGCGAGGAGCGGCGGAGGCAGCUGAAGAAGCAGUAUUACUUCGACUGCACCUGCGAGCACUGCAAGAAACAGAUCAAGGACGACCUGAUGCUGGCGGUGAAGGAGGGGGACCAUAAGCCCUCUGCAGAGACGGUGAAGGAGGUUAUCCAGUUCUCCAAGGACACACUGGAGAAGAUCAACAAGGCCCGCCUGGAGGGACUUUACCACGAAGUUGUGAAAUUGUGCCGUGACUGCCUGAAGAAACAGGAGCCUGUGCUGGGGGACACGAACCUCUACCUCCUGAGGAUCCUCAGCAUCGCCUCCGAGGUGCUCUCCUACCUCCAGAUGUUUGAGGAAGCAGCUGACUAUGCCAAGAGGAUGGUGGACGGCUACAUGAAAAUAUACCAUCCCAACAACGCGCAGCUGGGGAUGGCUGUGAUGCGGGCAGGAGUGACCCACUGGCAUGCUGGCCUCAUUGAAGCCGGCCAUGGCAUGAUCUGUAAAGCCUACGCCAUCCUCCUGAUAACCCAUGGACCUUCCCACCCUAUUACCAAGGAUCUGGAGGUCAUGCGUGUCCAGACGGAGAUGGAGCUGCGCAUGUUCCAUCAGAAUGAGUUCAUGUACUACAAGAUGAGGGAAGCUGCCCUCAAAAACCAAAAGAUUCAAGUCAUGCCUGAACCCAGCAAUGAGACCACACCCAGCCUCUUCCACAAGAAGGAAUAG